AUCGCUAUCCUUCUUCAUCAGGUGCCUCGGUUCUUUUAUUUCCAGAGACUCUCUGAGAAAAUCAAUCCCCGGUCUGCAAGACCAGUGACGGAGCUAACCCGGCUAGUCGACGACUGGUCAAUGCCGGUUGAAAGCGCCAAUCAAAAACACGUUCCUAUUUUCUCCGGUUUUCUCUCUCUUUUCGUCCCUGUCAGUGUCUCUGUGUCUCUGUCUCUUCCUCUUCGAUACAAGCUCUAUCUUCGAAACCUUCUCUUCCUCGACACCAUCUCCGUAAGAUAAUGAAGAAGAAGCUUUAUUGAAUUCAGAGUUUCAAGCGGCUCGCCAAUAUCCUAUAUGACUCUGUAAUUCUCUCUCUUUUUUGAAUUACUCUUUUUUUUAUUCAAUUUCGCAGAAACCCCAUUUCUUAUUAUGGUUUAAAUUACAUAAAAAUCAAAGGGUUACCGUCAAAAUUUUAUUUUGUUAUCUUCUACUCUGUGAAAUUCAACUGGAGGCCUCAAUUUUUUGCUGAAUUUCCUAAAUCUUGCUAAACAUGUUGUUACUGGUUUCGGAUAUCUGGAUAUCUGGGUAUUAGAAAUAUUUGGUGCAUCUUGAAGUUUGAGUACCAUUUGGAGGUUUAAAAGGCACAUCUUAGAUAUUGUUUUUUGUGCAUGAAAAAUCUCACCUUUGCUAAGUAUUAGCUCUAGUAACUUUUGGUGAUGAUAAAUAGUUAGUUACAUUAUAUUACCUUGUUUUGUCAUGGUUAUAUUGGUGCGUCUUCAUGGCUAUCCUUUUGCUGAAAGAAAUUCUAGUUCAUCCCCGUUUCAUCCGGAAUGGUUUGAUGGGAUUUCGUGUGGCUUCAGCAGUUCAGAGGAUUGGCUUACUCUCAGUUUAUAGUAGAGAAUCUGUUUUGAGCAGAAGUUUUGUUUCACCUGCAUUUAUAUUUGAUGGUAACAAGAAUCAGAAUCUAUCUACAUUGCAUUUUUCUACUAGUAUUCAGCCUCAAAGGCUAUGUUGGGAAGGUUCCUCUCAUGGGGUUUUGUUGAAGAAGCUUGAACUAGCCCUGAAGAAUCAUCAAGUUGAGGAAGCAUGGGAAUCUUUUAAUGAUUUUAAGAAGUUGUAUGGAUUUCCUGAGAAUUCCAUUUUGCAUAUGUUGAUCACUGAAAUGUCUUAUUCAUCUGAUCAUUUCUGGCUGCGUAAAGCCUCUGACUUGGUCCUGUUAAUUUUAAAAGAGAAAUCUGCUCUCCUGAAGCCUGAUAUUCUAACAAAGCUCUCCCUGUCCUUAGCCCGUUCGCAGAUUCCUAGUCAUGCUACAAAGAUUCUUAGGUUGAUGUUGGAUAAAGAGGUUUUACCUUCCAUGGAUGUUUUGUUGUUGGUUGUUCUUCAUUUGGUGAAGACAGAAAUUGGUACACAUCUUGCAUCCAAUUUCUUGAUUCAGAUAUGUGAAUGUUACCUCCGCUUAACUGAAAAUAAGAGCAACCGUGCGAAGCUGAUGAAACCUGAUACAAUGAUCUUUAAUCUUGUCCUUCACGCUUGUGUGAGGUUUAAAUUAUCUUUCAAAGGCCAACAGAUGAUUGAAUUGAUGGCUCAAGCAGGUGUUAUUGCUGAUGCACACACUAUUGUUAUUAUUGCCCAGAUCCAUGAGAUGAAUGGUCAGAGGGAUGAGAUAAAGAAGUAUAAAGCCUAUAUUGAUCAACUUUCAUCUCCAUUUGUUUGCCACUACCGACAAUUCUAUGAUAGUCUGUUGAAGUUGCACUUCAAGUUUAAUGACAUUGGUGCUGCUGCUGAGCUUGUGUUGGACUUCUGUAGGUAUCAGGAGUCUGUUCCUGUUCAGAGAGAUAGAAAGGAAUUGGAAAAGGCUUAUCUUGUUCCAAUUGGAUCUCAUAAUCUAAGGACUCCAUUGAAGAUGCAGAUUAGGCCUGCACUGUUACAUAAGGAUUCUGUCCUCAAACUGGAAGGUAGACAAGAGCUUGUUAUGUUUAGGAAUGGGCAACUUGUCCUUAGUAACAAGGCACUGACCAAGCUCAUUUGUGGGUAUAAAAAGGUUGGCAAUAUCAGUGAAAUGUCAAAAAUUUUACUUCAAAUUCAAAAGGAGUUAUGUUCAAUAAGAGGAUCCAGUUUGUGUUCAGAUGUGAUUGGUGCUUGCAUUCAUUUAGGUUGGCUAGAAAUUGCUCAUGACAUUUUGGAUGACAUGGAAGCAGCAGGGGCUCCCAUGGACUAUACUAAUUAUAUGUCACUACUAAUAGCCUAUUCUAAAGGAAAGAUGUUUAGGGAAGCAAAGGCACUGCUAAAACAAAUGAGAAAGGCUGGCAUAGUGAUGAACUUAUCUGAUGAGGUGGUUCUCACUGCCUAUCAGUCGGAAGUAGUUGAUAAUAGUGCACCGUAUAUGAAUGCAUCAAGCUUAACUGGUAAAUCAAAUUUGGCUGAGUCUUUUGUUCAAGGAAUAAGGGAGGAGGAGAAGGCAAUUCCUCCAAUGGUUUAUGAAAUCAAUUCUUCUAUUUAUUUUUUCUGCAAGGCCAAAAUGAUUGGAGAUGCUUUAAGAACAUACAGAAAAAUGCAAGAUAUGAAGAUCCAACCCACCUUACAAACUUUUACUAAUCUAGUGUGUGGGUAUUCUUCAUUGGGAAUGUACCGGGAUAUCACCAUACUGUGGGGGGAUAUUAAGCGGAACAUGGAUGGUGGAACUCUGGUGGUAAGUAGAGAUUUGUAUGAGUAUUUGCUAAUGAACUUUCUUCAAGGUGGUUAUUUUGAGAGAGUGAUGGAGGUCAUUGGUUUGAUGGAGGAAUCUGGUAUGUACACAGACAAGUGGAUGUACCGAAGUGAGUUUCUUAAACUUCAUAAGAAUCUUUACAGGAAUUUGAAGGCAUCAGAAGCAAGAACUGAGGCUCAGAAAAAUCGGUUACGCUAUGUUCUGGCUUUUAGGAAAUGGGCUGGCAUUGCUUGAAGUUCAAAGUUCAAAAACACAUUGGUCAUCUGUAGCACGGUGCUCUGUCUUUGAAAUUGCACAAGGGAAAUAUUUCCUAGGUAGGGUCUGAGUUUGGAUGGAGAGUAAGUGGAGUAAAACUAUGAAGGUGCUUUUGGAUCUGAACUUGUUAUGAAACCCAAAGUGGAAGAGAAAAGCCAUUUACUGCAAUUCUUUCCUUCUAUUUAGGGUGCUAUAAAAUCAAAAAGAUGAUUGCAGUAUCCACAUUUAAGUCGUAACCGGACACUUUAUAUGCAAAUCUAGACGAAACUGUGUAUGAACAUGAUGAGUUGUGGUGACUGGCGGAGGCAAGGUAUAUUGAUUUUUGAGAAGAUCUGGAAACAAUUGUUGCUUUAUUAGCCUAAAAUAAGUACGUUUGGAACAUAAUGACAUGCUUUGAGUAUGUUUGCGUAAUUGCACUGCACUUGCUGCUUCAUAACUGAUGCAAUGGAACCCUUGUAGUCGACAAGGAGUGAGUUAAAAGCAGUCUCGUUUCUUCAGAAAAUUUAUUGAUCCAGAAAAGCUAACUGGGUCUGAUUGUUGUACAUUUUUUUAUUUCUGUUAUUUUAAAUGACAUCUACAUUUACAACAUAUUUGGAAAUAAUACUGGAAUAUCGACUGUUUUUGCU